CCGGAGCUGUACUGCAAGCUGGUGGGGGGGCCGGCCGCAGCCCCGCUGGGGAGAGCCAUACAGGGACAGUUUUGUGACUACUGCAAUGCUGCUGAUCCCAGGAAAGCUCACCCAAUCACUAAUGCCAUUGAUGGAACGGAGAGCUGGUGGCAAAGUCCUCCUCUUUCUAAGGGCUUAAAGUACAAUGAAGUCAAUGUCACUUUAGAUCUGGGGCAGCUCUUCCAUGUUGCCUAUAUUCUUAUCAAGUUUGCAAAUUCUCCUCGUCCAGAUCUCUGGAUCUUAGAAAGAUCAGUGGACUUUGGAAGAACUUACACUCCCUGGCAGUAUUUUGCUCACUCCAAAGCAGAUUGUUUGGAACGCUUUGGAAAGGAAGCAAAUGUUCCUGUGAGGAGGGAUAGCGAUGUCAUUUGCACUACAGAGUAUUCUCGCAUUGUGCCUCUUGAAAAUGGAGAGAUUGUAAUCUCUUUGGUAAAUGGCCGCCCAGGAGCAAAGAACUUCACUUAUUCCCCUAGUCUUCGAGAAUUCACAAAAGCAACAAACAUCCGCCUUCAUUUUCUCAGAACUAACACACUUCUUGGCCACUUGAUAUCAAAAGCUCAACGGGACCCUACUGUAACCCGCAGAUAUUACUACAGUAUAAAGGACAUCAGUAUUGGUGGUCGAUGUGUUUGCCAUGGCCAUGCUGAAGUAUGUAAUGUGAAAAGUGCUGAAAACCAAUACCAGUUUCAUUGUGAAUGUCAGCAUAACACUUGUGGGGAAACCUGUGACCACUGCUGCCCUGGAUAUAAUCAGAAACAGUGGCAACCUGCGACAGCUGGGAACACAAAUAUAUGUGAACCCUGCAAUUGUCACGGACAUGCCACUGACUGCUACUAUGACGCUGACGUUGAUCAGCGUCGAGAAAGCCUAAAUAUUCAUGGGCAUUAUGAAGGUGGAGGAGUCUGCAUUAACUGCCAGCAUAAUACAGCUGGUGUUAACUGUGAGAAAUGUGCAAAAGGUUACUAUCGUCCUUAUGGUGUUCCAGCAAGAGCUCCUGAUGGCUGUAUAUCUUGCCCUUGUGAUCUGGAGCGUGCAGAGGGCUGUGAGGAAGGAUCAGGCCGCUGUUUCUGCAAGUGGAAUUUCAAGGGAGAAAACUGUGAACACUGUGCUGAUGGAUUCUAUAGUUUUCCAUUUUGUAUCCAUAUUCCUGUUUAUCCUUUUACUUCUCCAAAUCCAAGAGAUGCUAUAGCUGGUGACAUAAUAGGCAAGUUCUUUUUGUGUUUUGUUUAUCUUCCCAAUUUAAUCAUUUUUCAUGAUUUCAGUAGUGCUUGUUCUUUCAGGAAGAUUUAUUCAGUGUUGCUGUUUAUCUUUUGAAGAGCCUUUUUUCUAACCAGAAGUUCAUUACAUAGUCUUACUCAUAUUAAACACUUUAGUGGGUUAGUUCCAAAAAUUUAUGGAUCAGAAACAAGUUUGGCGACCCUCCGGCAAACAUCUGCAGAAGAUCCUGACCAUCUUGUUAAAUGCUCAUGAACAGAUCCAUCAAGGCUUUCUGACAUGUACCACUUGUCAGCUGCUUUGCAGUGUAAAUCUCUUAGGGCUAACUGGCCUUUGUUUCUGGGCUGUCUUCUUACACCUGGCAAAUUGUACAUUGCCUUUGGCAGUAAAGAACUUGCAUUUCUGAGGGAUAAGUAUUUCUUAUUUAGCCCACCCCGAAGCUGUCUGAAAUACAUGCAACGGUUGCCUUGGUGGGUUCUUUAGCAUAUGUCAUCAUACUGCAGUACUGAGGCAUCACAGCCUGUGCCAGAUCAAAUAACUACUUGCGAUGUACUUCAGGAUUAAUAACUUAAACAAACAAACAACAACAAAAAAUACUAGAAUGCUUUGUAAUAUCCUGAAAGCAACGUAAUUCCACUUAAUUUUCUACUAGCUUUUGCAAAAA